GACUAUAAAGGCUCCCUUCGGCAUUGACUGCAAGAAAGAAAAGCGACAGAUCCUUUUUGAUUGGAAAGGGCGUGCAUCAAUUCAAUUGUGAACAAAUUUCUCGUCAAGCAUGAAGAAUCUCGUCAGCAAAAGCGAGUCACUUGACAAAACUUCCAAUGUUCUGGUCGACUACAAAUCGGUUGAUUAUAGGGGAUUCGUAUUCGUUGUGCACCACGCACAUGGUAUGAUGCUUUUGCGUUGUACCAGAAAGAAGAACAAGCCACACCACUGGCAACUGCCUGGCGGACAUAUCGAUAAAACUGAAUUUGUUGAAGCUGCGAGAGCAAACUUUGUUCACAAUACUCAGUUACUGGAGGCUGGGAAACGAGGGGCAGCAAGGGAGCUAUUCGAAGAAACAGGGAUUGAUGUCAGAUCCCAACUGCACCGGAUGGAGCCUGCCACACUUCGAGAGCCCAAAGACGGCGAAUCUGAACUCGCCAAUGAGUAUAAACAUCGACUCUUUUACAUCCUGAAUGUUGCGAAUGACGACUUUCUGUCACACGGCGAAACCCCUAUGGGCACAUUAGGAGAGACCCUCAAACCUGAACCAGAGGUCGCUGCGGAUAUGCUUAAACUUCAUAGCGGAGGCAAAGUAUCGGCAGCACUUCUAAUGGCUAUGGGCCGGUCAAUAGUCCACGAAAAGUCUACUGAUCGAAACAAAAGUGCUGCCACUACCCUAUCACAACACCACGACGAUUUGUCACUUCAUACUCUUUUUCAAUAUGGACUACGCUUUCUGUUCGCGUUACCACAAUGCAAAUUUCUCAAACUGUUGGAUACGAAUGCUUCUGCGGAAUUACUGAAUGAUUUGCACAGGUCAUCAUUGAAAUAUGACGAAGAUCCUUCGCCUGGACUUUUCGAAUCGCCUUCAAUCCGUGUACGGACCGACGUUGCCCGAAAGAAGCUUCAGAAGCAAUCGAUGCAAUACUAG